GUUUUCGUCUCCAUUUUUGCUCCACACACGUGGGAAUCCUCUGAGCUCAUUGAAGAGAAAUUCGUUGCGUACAUAGCAAGAACAAUUUUAGCUCAUCACUUUGAUGUGCCAAGAAGAUUGGAACAAUGCAACUUUGCAGUGUUUGUAGCGACAGCGUGCCGAAGUAUCGUUGUCCAGCAUGCCUCAUCAGAUAUUGUUCCCUCAAUUGCUUCAAGACACAUAAAGAGAGCUGUGAGCCUGUGCCUAAACGGGUAUCCACGACAGAGCAUCAGGGUCCUUCACAUGCCGCAGGGACAGAAGCAUGGACUCCUGCUGAGCUCCUGGAUGAGGAGGACCAGGGGGAUGCGGUUCCUGCCGACAUACUAAAGAAACUUGGUGAAUCCGAGGCCCUUAAAGACCUGUUACGGAAUCCCCACCUCAGGCGACUGUUGGUUACCGUGGAUACAGCAGAGAACAAAGUUGCCAUCAUGAAGACUGCGAUGCAGGAGCCGUUGUUUGUGGAGCUUGCCGACCAGUGCUUGAAGAUAGUCGAACCCACUGACGCAGAAGACGACGAUUGACGCUCAAAAUUGGAUUUGGAUUUUACAUAAAAGACUCAUUUCUAGUAACAUCCUUUGGAAGACUGUAUGAUUGAUAAACAAACUGAACUGUUACUACAGGCCUCACCCCGGCCAAGUCAGUGUGUGGCGAGUAUGUCGGACAGCUUUGAAAUGUGUCAGCUACUCGCUUGUGCUCUGAAAUGGAAGCAACAAUAUGCUGUGAACAACUGGCCUGGCAGUGGUAUGCAUGACCUACGCUGGCACCAUUUGACCUAGAAUAUCUUCACAACCAGAGUAGAAUCCGCAUUCCUAGUGCCAGUAGCAACGGUUGAUAUGCCCCACUGACUCUGUGUCGUUUGAAGUAUUCCAUUAGACUUACAGUAUGUACUGUAUCCAGAUAUUGUUCUAUAUAUAUGUUUUAUUAAGCGUUCCAUUCACUGUUAGAGUGAAUGUAGCCUGCUCAUAAGAAAUGUGCAGUGGCGUACUUGAGCUGCAUCGGUAAGCAGUGGAGGAGAGGUGUUGCAUGUAAUUAAGAGAACUUAUGAUUCAGUACCCCCCCACUGCCCCAGGACAGCCCUCCUUUGUUUUAACACGGCUUGAUAGAUCGUCCCUGUCCUGGCACGUAGGCACUGGAAGACAGACUGCGUUAUUUGAAUACGUCUCAGUUAUUCAAAUGUAAUGUUAUUUUUAUGCGUAUGUUUUUGACCUUUUUCAUAAUACCUCAUUUGUCAAAUGAAAUAAUAAAGUUAUAAGCAGUGUAACUGCAUUCCACUUAC